CCAAAUAUAAACUCCUGCUGGACUAGCAACAAGUCUCUCGUCGUGGCUAAGUUUCCAUUCAAGUCCCUCUUUACCCGGGCCUCCAAACCAAACCAAGACCAUGAUGGGGCCCGGAGAAAGAGAGCAAUGGGUCACACGAGCCCAGAAAUGCACACACAUGACGAUUUAGUGCUCCUCAAGGACAACAAGAUGUUAGCUGAUAAGAUAACAGAUGCUCACAUAGAGGAGUUUAGACACGCCUUCACUAUGUUUGACAAGGACGGCGACGGUAGCAUAUCAACAAAGGAGCUAGGAACUGUUAUGAGGAGUUUAGGACAGAACCCCACAGAGAAACGACUGCGAGCUAUAUGUAACGAGGUUGAUGUGGACGGUAAUGGUAAACUAGAUUUCAAGGAGUUUAUUUUACUGAUGACGACACACUUUGAUAGUAUUAACGCUGAGUGCGAACUUAAAACUGCGUUCCAAGUUUUCGACACUAAAGGUAAAGGUUGGAUUGACGAGGCUGAAUUGAGAAGAUGUCUAACUACUAUAGGAGACAGGCUGACUACUGAGGAGGUGGACCGAGUUGCUGACAUGAAGCAGACGGGAUCACGCUGGCUGUAUUAA